AUGGCAUCCUACCUAAUCACCGGCACGUCGCGAGGAAUUGGCCUCACCUUGACGAGGAUACUAGCUUCCAAGCCUGUCUCGGAGGUGUCCACGGUCUUUGCUGCUGCGCGCACCGAGACAGACGAGCUCAAGCAAUUGGCUGCGAGGUCGAACGGGCGUGUACAGAUCGUCAGUAUCGAUGUGACGUCUAAAGAAAGCACUACGAAGGCGGCAAGUGAGGUUGAACAGGCUCUCGGGGACAAGGGGCUAGAUGUGUUGAUUAACAAUGUCGGCAUUAUGAACUAUACCCCGGAGGGUAUUGAGCAUAUGGAUGAUCUGGACUCGACAUUUACGACGAACGUGACAAGCACACACCUCGUCACCAGUGCAUUUCUACCUCUUUUGCAGGAAGGAAACCUGAAGAAAGUCAUCAAUAUAUCCACAAGCCUCGGCUCCAUCGCCAUGUCCCCGACAUACAGCCUCUUCCCGGUCCCCGCGUACAAAGUGUCCAAAGCGGCGCAGAACAUGCUCACAGUGCAAUAUGCCCAGUCAUUCGCGGAUCAAGGCUUUACAUUCGUGACUGUCUCUCCGGGUUGGGUGAAGACUGACCUCGGUGGAUCUGGUGCCGAUCUGACGACCGAUCAGAGCGCCAAUGGCAUUCUGGAAAUCCUGGCCCGUGUGACGAAAGAGGAUAAUGGCAAGUUCUUUAACAUUAGGGUGGAUGGUUGGGAGAAGGCCGAAGGAUUGAACCGGUACGACGGGGCCGAGGCGCCUUGGUAG